AAGUUCCGUCUCUUCUCCGAGAUGUGCAGCCCCGUUGCUUGAAGAGGCCAUUUAUAGUAGCUUUGGGUAGACUAGUAUAGGCCUUCUGAUUGGGUCGAAGCAAAGUGACCAAAUAGCCAAUGAAAAGGUAGACGUGCAACUAUCAUUUACAUUCGUAUUUGUGACGACACUAAAAUUAAUCCAAUCAUGAGCGAAAUCUUACUAACCUAAUUUGAAUACCGCAUCUAUAAAUAAAUGUGGCCUCGCUGGGGGUGACUAUUUUCCCAGGUGUUAGCGAUAGUGUCGUGAUUUUUUAACGCUGCAAUGCCUGAACCUACCAAGUCUGCUCCAGCCCCGAAGAAGGGCUCCAAGAAGGCGGUGACCAAGGCGCAGAAGAAUGAUGGCAAGAAGCGCAAGCGCAGCCGCAAGGAGAGCUACUCCGUGUACGUGUACAAGGUGCUGAAGCAGGUCCACCCCGACACCGGCAUCUCGUCCAAGGCCAUGGGCAUCAUGAACUCGUUCGUCAACGACAUCUUCGAGCGCAUCGCGGGCGAGGCGUCGCGCCUAGCGCAUUACAACAAGCGCUCGACCAUCACGUCCAGGGAGAUCCAGACGGCCGUGCGCCUGCUGCUGCCCGGGGAGCUGGCCAAGCACGCCGUGUCCGAGGGCACCAAGGCCGUCACCAAGUACACCAGCUCCAAGUAAACUUGUCAAGUCUCCAAGCUGAUCCUGAUGUUGAUCCGGGACUUGGCGAUGACUGCUCAUCCAGAGCACGAAAGAGCAUUUUCUGAUAACUUUGUUCUGCUCAGAAUUUCUUUUCUUCUUUCUUUCUUAACAUACAGAUGUAUAUUACUGAAAAAAGACUGAAGACAAUGAGUUUUCACGGAAACACUACUGAGGUUUUUCUGGUUUGCUUGCUUUGCAAUUGGUCUAAUUUUUGCUUGAGGCUCUGAACAGCGAGUGGGGGAGGUAGAGGAGGAGCUUAUGCUGUGUCCUGAAGGCACCGAGGGAGAGGAAAGGGAAGCCGCUUUUGAGACGCCUUCAAAUCCUCUCAGUUACUACAUCUUUUUUCCCAGAAAGUCCUAUUUAAUUUACAGCCUUUUGGCAGUAUUCAGCUGUAUUGUCCUCUGGGUCACAAAAGAGAAGCCCAAUACUCAGUCCGUUAAGAUGGCUGAUUAGGUAGGCAGUAGUUAUCUCAGGACUGAGGCCCCCUUUUCAGUACCCUAUACCCUUUCCCGGGUGUCCCCGAGUGUCAAGCAUGGAGGGGAGGUAGAAAGGGAAGGGAAGCCCCUUCUGGA